AUGACCACCAAAACCCUGUCUGCUGUCGAGAAGCUUGACAAUGCCUACAUCGAGGAUGCCUCGGAGACGGUUUCGGACUCGCAACAGGAAUUUGUCGUCCGAGAAUUUGAUCCCAAGUUCAUGAAAAAGACGAUGCUCAAGUCACUCGGCAUGAUGAAGGAUCUUGGCCACGAUCCCAAAGGAAAGACCUACGCGCUUCUUAGUUCACUCUACUACGUGACCUAUGCUCCGUUCAUGGUACCGUUCGCUCUGCUUGGCAAACGUACACGUAUGGUCUCGGUCCUCACUCUCUGCGCAUUGCUUUGGGGUGUGGCCGCUACGUGCUUCGCUGGUGUACAGAAUUACUCGGGCGCUUUUGCAUGUCGACUUUUCAUCGGCCUCGGAGAGGCUGGUUUCGGCCCGUUGAUUCAGGUCUUCUUGUCGCGCUUCUAUCCAAGAGAGAAGUUGGGCAUCCGCGUUGGCGUCUGGCUGGCAAUGGCUCCACUGGGUGGAUUCAUCAACGGCAUAGUCGCAUAUGGCGUUUCGUUCAUCCACGUAAAGCUCGAGUCAUGGCGCAUCCUCUUCAUGAUUGAGGGUGGCUUCACGGUACUCCUGGCCAUUACCGCCAUCAUUGUUUUGCCGGAUGAUAUAAAAUCUUGCAAGUGGUUCACAGCCGAGGAAAAAGAUUAUUUAAUGUACGAGCGCUACAUGAGCAUGGGUCCUGAAGUUAAGGAGAUCAACUGGAAGCACGCACGCGGCGCGUUCUACCGUUGGCCUCAGGUUAUGCCCGUGCUCAUCAACAUGUGUCAGCAGAUUACGGGCGCUGCUCUAAGUGCUUAUCUCCCUACUCUUCUUCAGGAGAACGGAUUCAAAGGUGCCACAGCACAAAUUGCCACAUUGGCACCCUAUGGAGCAGCUGCCGUGUGUAUGAUCAUAGCUGCAAAGGCAUCGGACAGAUUCGGCAAUCGUGGCUGGCCCACUCAAUUUGGCUGGUUGCUCUUGAUCGUGGGCUUUGCAAUUUUCCUUGGUGCUCACGAAAGCAACAAACCUGCUCACUUUGUUGCCUUGAUUCUUGCUGAAGUUGGCCACUACAUCUGCACUCCACUGAUCGUCACUUGGUCGGCCAACAACGCUGGCAGCGAAUCUCGACGUGCCGUUGCUGUGCCUCUUGCUGUCGCUUGUGCACAGGCUGUCGCUAUCGGCUCUGGAUAUCUCUUCCCAGCUGAGGAUGGUCCGCGGUACACGAAAGGAGCCAGUGUGGAAGUUGCACUCUCUACUGCCGGAAUGAUCUUUACGUUCAUCUACAUGGCCUUGAUCAAAUUGGAGAAUUCCCGUCGUGACAAGAGGGAAGGUGGCUCCCCAGCCCCAGGGACUCGUCCUGACACUGCUCAGUACGCAGACGAAGCUGAAGGGUUCCGUUACAUCGGGUAG